AUGGGCCUUAAGAGAGCUCAGCCUAGGAAACAUCAUUUGUACUUGGGACUUCUCAGUUGUUAUGCUUUUGCUAAUGCAAUUUGGAGGAAUGUGGAAAAAGGUGAAGGAAUCGAUACUUUCUGGAAAGUGAUUGUUGAAGGAAUAAACUGUACAACAGAGAUACCAAAGGAAAGAUUUAACACCAACAGUUGGUAUGAUUCUAAUCAUAACAAUCCAGGCAAAAUAUGCACCCAUCGGGCAGCCCUUGUAGAGGGAAUGAAUGAAUUUGACAACAAUCUAUUUAGAAUCCAUUCUUCAGAGACUGAGAAUAUGGACCCCCAGCAAAAACUACUACUGGAAUGUACUUACAGGGCUCUGGAAAAUGCAGGCUAUCCAACAGAGACUAUCAGUGGAAGCAAAACUGGGGUGUUUAUAGGUCUUAUGAAUAGAGAUGCUGACAGUAUCUAUAAUAAUUCACCUGCUAACAUCAAUCAUUUUAAUGGAACUGGGACCUCGGCAUGCAUAGCAGCAAAUAGGAUAUCAUAUUGCUUCAACUUCACUGGGCCAUCCCUUUCAAUUGAUACUGCCUGUUCCUCAUCCCUUGUUGCAUUACACUAUGCCUGCCAAGCCAUCAGACAAGGAGACUGUGAGAUGGCGAUUUGCGGUGGUGUCAGCUGUAUUAUGGAACCUCGUGUCUAUGUUGCUCUUAGUAAAGCAAAAAUGAUUUCUCCGGAAGGUACAAGUAAACCUUUUUCAAACAAAGCAGACGGAUACGGAAGAGGGGAAGGAUGUGGUAUUGUUCUCCUAAAACCUCUAAAAAAGGCCAAAGAAGAUUAUUGCAACAUCUGGGGUAUAAUACAUGCAACCGCCGUUAACCAAGAUGGAAGAUCGGUUACACCAAUCACCAAACCAUCUCAGCACCAACAAGAGGAAUUGUUGCAAAGCAUAUAUAGAACUAUAGACCCAUGUUCUGUGCAGUAUGUCGAGGCUCAUGGAACAGGAACACCUGUUGGGGACCCAAUAGAAGUCACUAGCUUAGGAAACAUCAUUGGGAAAAAACGUCCAAGUGGAAUUAAGCCUCUAAAGAUUGGAUCAGUUAAAGGGAACAUUGGUCACACUGAAUCAGCUGCUGGCAUGGCUGGUCUAAUAAAAGUACUGCUCAUGAUGCACCAUGAAGUUAUUCCACCAUCGCUACAUUACACUAAAGAAAUUGGAAUCAGAAACAUUAAAGAAUCAAAUUUAAUUGUUCCUACAAGUCCGGAAAAAUGGCAGGAGGAUGUAAAGAUUGGAAGAAUAGCAGGAAUUAAUUGUUUUGGGUUUGGGGGAACUAAUACUCAUGUUGUGGUCAAGCAAUGUGAACAAAAGUAUCCCCAAUGUCAUUCAGAAAGACCUGUUGAAAUAUUUAUUUUAUCUGCAGCCUCCAGAAAAUCUCUUCAACUUUCCAUUGAAGAUACAAAACGUGAGCUGAAUAAGCCGACAUCUGUAUCUCUGGAAAACCUGGUCUACACAGCAGCUUGCCGAAGAAGUCAUCUUAGUUACAAAUACAGGGCAGCAUUUCUGAUCUCUUCAUUAACUCAUUUACAACAACAACUUCAGUCUGUGAAAACAGAGACACCUCUGGCCAAAGGAAGUCCUCAGAUUGUGUAUGUACUCUGUGGAAAUGGAGUUCUUUAUAAAGGGAUGUGCAAGAUGUUACUGGAACAUGAGCCAGUGUUCAGAGAUAAAUGUUUAGAGAUAGAUGAGAUGAUUCAAGUCUACACAACCCUGUCUGUGGUAGAAUUGCUAGAGAAGGAGUGUGAUGAUUUCUCUAGUCCAGAUGUGGCCCAGUUACUGCUCUUUACACUCCAGGUAUCUUUAGUGGCUCUCCUGAAAUAUUGGGGGAUCAAACCAGACUGCAUUGUGGGUCAUUCAGUUGGAGAAGUUGCUGCUGCACAUUGCUCUGGACUUCUUUCACUGGAAGAUGCUGUUAAAGUUAUUUAUUUCAGGAGCACAUUGCAAUGUAAGGUCACAGGGGGGAAAAUGUUGGUUGUUGGAAAUCUACCUGUGACUGAAAUAUCUAAACUUAUUGUGUCUUACAAUGGCAAAGUAUGUAUUGCUGCUUACAACAGUCCUACCUCAUGUACAAUCUCUGGGGAUGGAGAGUCAAUACAGGACCUUCAUGAGAAAUUAACCAAACAUUACAGUAAAAACAAUAUAUUUCUCCAUGUGGUAGAUGUUCCUGCUGCGUACCACAGCCACCUGAUGGAUCCUAUAUUAAGUGAGAUAAAAAACAUACUGCAGGAUUUAAAAACACAAAAGAUGGAAACUGAAUUAAUUUCAACAGUGACUGGAAAGCCAGCAUCCAAAGGAGAUUUCACUACUGGGGACUACUGGGCUAAAAAUAUCCGUGAACCAGUUGCUUUUGAACAAGCUGUACAAAUUUCUGCAAAGGAUAAAGAACACCCAAUAUAUAUUGAAAUAGGACCCCGAAGAGCAUUGCAACGAAAUAUAUUGGAAACUUUAGGAUCAAAUACAAUCAUUUUACCAGUUGUGCAACCCAAAAAAGAGUACGAGACUAUAUUUUCUAUGUUGAUUAUGCUUUUCAUGGAAGGACACAAUCCAGAUUGGUGCAAUAUCUACAACUCAUAUAAAUCUUCCCCAGCUGGGAUUCCAAGAUACCAGUUUGAUCACGUCAAGCAAGACAUCAAUUUUGAAAAAAUCAGGCAAGGAAGUAUGACAGUAGCAACUGCUAACCAUCCACUUCUCCAUGGAAUAGGUGAGAACUUCACACAGUUCAGAUGUACAGUAUCAAAAACACUAACACCAUAUGUCUAUGAGCAUAAGAACCUGGGUUCCAUCCUAGUUCCUGGGACAUUUUAUGUGGAGCUUGGACUGGCAGCUACAGCUACUAGUUUAAAACCAAAAGUUCCUUUAAAUUCUCUGGAAAUCAGUGUUACAUUUUCAAGCCCAUGUGUUCUUCACCAAGACUCUUUAGAGCUAAAUGUAAAGCUACGUCAAGAAGACCAGAUCACUCAUUUUGAUGUGCUGACGUCACAUGUUUAUGCAACUGGGCAAAUAAAAAGAAAUAGCUCUAAAGCAGAGAUAAGCAAACAAAUCUCUAUUGAACAUAUUUUCAAAAGAUGCCCCUUAAUUUUCAAAAAGGAAAAAAUUUAUGAGCAGCUAUAUAAAUUUGGGUUCGAGUACGGGAAGGCUUACAGACAGCUCUGUGAUGACAUUCAUUAUGGAGAUGUUCUUAAAGAAGCAAUCACCAGAAUAAGAGUAAGUGAAGAAGUCAGAGAAACAAUGUAUGAGUAUCACACACAUCCAGUCAUUUUAGACUGUUUUCUUCAAAUGGUUGUUUGUGUGGGAGAUAAAGACAAAGGAUCUACAGCAAUCUUCCCAUCAUCCAUAGGUAGCGUGACUGUUUUUCAUCCUUUUCAGGAAGAAAUGAUCCUAUACAUGCAAUUGAUAAAAACAACAAAGAAUUACUUUGAACUGUGUGGAUGUUUCGCAGAUAACAAAGGUGUGAUGUUAGUGGAAUUAAAAAACGUGAAGAUGGCAUUCAUGAAACAAACAGUGACCAAACAAGAGAACACUUUUUUCCAAGUCACUUGGACACAGACUUCCCAAUCCAUGGAUAUACAACAACAAAAGCCAAAUAUGCUGAUUUAUGCAGACAACUAUGGAGUAAGCCAACAAUUAUCAAAAUACAUACAUGAUGGACUGAGCUUCAUUUCCUUUCAAAGCUGGGAUUCUGAUAUUCAGAUGCAUACAAUACUCCAUAGUGAAUGUAAAGAUGUUGUGUUCAUGUGGGGAAUCCAAGCACUGAGCAAGGAUAUUCCAAACAAUCUCACACAGUAUCUAGCAAAGUGCUGUGAGGUCUAUCGGCAGUUGAUCUUAGCAGUGAGACAACAGACCACCAAGGCUGCUAUCAGGACAGUGACAUUCAGGACAACUAAAAAUACCCUGGAUAACAUUAAUCCUGGUUUUGCUUUAAUUGGUAUGACAAGAGCUUGUAUCAUUGAAAUGUCUGAUAUAACAUUUCAACUGAUUGAUAUAAGCUCUUCAAGUCCUGAAGAUGCGGAAGCCCUAGGCCAAGUUCUUCUUAAUUAUAAACCAAAUGAUUAUCCAGAGAUUUGGAUCAAUGAAGGUUGUAUUUACACAAGCGAAAUUACACCCACCAACACUGAAAACUAUAGGCAGCAAAUAGUACCUUUAGAAAAGUCAGACUAUUUCACCAUGUACACUUCAGAACCUUACACAGUAACAGGACUUACUGCUGAACAAACUAUUCCCAAACAUAGUCAGCUCACAAACAAAUGGAUCGAGAUUACUGUUGAUCAAAUAUGUAUCCACACUGAAGACUAUUUUCCGGUUAGCCUUUCAAGCUGGCAGUAUGGAAAUACUUUGUAUUGGAGCACUUUAUCAAGUGAAAAACAUGAACUAAUUGCUCUGGACUUUGCUGGCACUGUAACUUCCAUUGGAGGAAAUGUCAAGAAAAUUCAAGUUCGUGAUCGAGUCUCUUCAUGUUAUCCAACCAUUGCAACAUCUAAAGUGAGACUACCUGAGAAUGUUUGCUAUUUGGUGAGGAAAGUUCCAAUGUUAACAAAUGCUCCUUGUGUUUCGCUAUUUGUCUUAGCCUGGGAAGUUUUUUGUCACCAGCUACCGCGUGCAAAGAACAAGCCCAAGCUAGGUAUUAUGACUACUGAAUUAAAGUCAGUUUUGUGCACAAUUUUAGCCAAGACAGCAAAACAAGCAGGCUGGGAAACAGUACUAUCUCCAGAAAUUACAGCGGACCUCAUACAGUGCAGUGCCAUGAUUAUUCUCCCUUCACCGGACGUUGUCUCAGCAGAAGCACUUUUCAAGCUGCCACUCCUCAAACAUGUAAUUGUAAUAUGUGGCCGCAGCAACCAUGAGAGUUAUCAGAAUCUGGCACUUAGCUGUGGACAAGACAUUCAUGUACACCUGCUUUAUCUUGCAGCCAUUUUUCAAAAGGCAUAUUUACAGAAAUUUGGUAAAGUCAUAUACAAAUGGUUACAGUCGAUAGCUGCGGACAUCCACCUUGUUCUACCAUACAAUAUGAUUGAACCAUCAUGUAGUACAAAGAACAUAACAUUCAGCUACUUUUCAGCCCAAUCCUUACACCUUAUUGAGCUAGACAACAACACGCUUUCAAAAAUUACAUUGUCUCAUCCAGUGCUCUUCAGGCACAAUGCUGUUUACAUUGUCACAGGGGGACUAACUGGUCUUGGCUUUGAAACCGUUAAAUUUAUUGUACAGAAUGGAGGUGGCAACGUUGUGAUUCUGUCCAGAAGAAACCCAACCCCAGAAAUGAAAAAACAAAUAUCAGAGGUUCAGAAUGGAAGGGAAAAUACUAACAUAAUCACGUUACCAUGUAACAUAUGCUACUAUUCUGAAGUGAGAAAUGCCAUAAAUUCAGUACAAAAGAUGUUUCCAAAUUUUCCAAUCAGAGGCAUCUUUCACAGUGCUGUAGUUUUACAUGAUGGAGUUCUGCAGAAUCUAAACCUCUCACUGUUUGAGAAAGUCCUUAGCCCAAAAGUGGAUGGGGCAGUGAACCUUCAUUGUGCUACAAUAGACCGAAAGCUUGAUUAUUUUGUCUGCUAUUCCUCUGUAGCUUCAUUUAUAGGAAAUCCAGGACAAGCAAAUUAUGCUGCUGCCAACUCCUUUCUAGAUAUGUUCUGUCAAUACAGAAGAAAUAUUGGUCUCUCGGGACAAUCCAUAAAUUGGGGAGGUCUCAAUCUUGGAGUGUUGCUCAAUCAGCACCAAAUUCAUAAAAUUUUGCAGGCAAAAGGAAUACUUCUUCUGAAUACCGAGGAAAUUCAUGAGUAUCUGAAAAUAUGUAUUUUACUAAAUAAUAAUCAUCAGGCAAUUGUCAAAUUUGAUUUUAAAACCAUGUAUGCAAGCCUUGUUUCAUAUAUCCCAGCACUGAAGAAGCGGUUAAAUAAUGUGGUUGUGGAAAAUAUUAAAAGUUUGGAGGACACUCCGAUAAUGGAGAAAUCUUCCAAAGUUAAUAACGAAAUGUCGGAGGAUUACAUUUUGUUAUUAGUGAGUGAGCUCACCAAUGUCAGCUCACGUGACGUCACAAUGAAUAGUCUUCUGAACUUUCUGGGGAUUGACUCAAUGUUGGCCAUGACAUUGCAAAAUCGUAUCUUUACAGAGAAGAAUGUAAAUAUUCCUCUUGUGACACUGUUGGAUCCCAACACAUCUAUCGCAUUUCUGGUGUCAGAGGUCCAAAAAAACACUUCUAUUGAAGAAAGCACAGUGGAAGAGACAAAGCUAUGA